AUGAGUUAUGCAGAUGUCAACUUCGGCAUCGACACCAUGACCACCUGUAUCCUGACGGUGCCGUUUGCCAUUUUCUUCCACUACGCGUAUGACGUUUCCCCUUACGACAUUACGAAGCCACGAAUGCUCCCGUUGUCCGAGAUCCCACCCCAGUACAUCGCAAAGCACUUCCAUCCCCCCUCCAAAAUCGACCGACAGGUGUGCUUUACGUUCGAAGUCGUUCCCGUCAUGUUUCUCAAGGCUCGUGCGAUCCUCCUUCGUUCUCGUCAUACAAUGCAGUGUUGA